UCAUGGUGCGAAGGCAGAGAGGAGGUUUUGGGAGUUUCCCAAGUUGCCCUUGGGCAGCCUGGAGGUCAUUUUGUUUCUUCUUCACGCUUGCGACUUCGGCGAAUCCAGUUGACGGUCAUCAGCUGGUGAACCCUGCCUUCCCAGGUACUGUCACUUGCAAUGAAAAUGAACUAACAGUGGAGUUUUCAAGAAGUCUUGGCGCGGAGAAAUGGCACGCAUCUGUGGUGGAUCCCUUUGGUGUUGAAAUGCUGAACUGCACUUACACCCUGGACUCAGAAAAACUCAAACUGAAGGCUCCAUAUGAGACGUGUUCCAGGAGAGUGCCCGGUGGGCACCAGCUGAACAUCAAGAUUGUAGACAACAGUGCUGCUUCAAGACCUGGGGAUGCCAUACACCAGUUCUUCUGCCCAGCUGUGAAAGUAGAACUACACGAGCUUUCAGAAUCUACAGUCUGUAUGAAGGAUUUCAUUUCUUUUUCCUUUCCACAAGUUAUUCGUGGCAUGGCUGAUGUCGGUGAGAGGAAUGAAUCUCAUAGGGGAUGGAUCAUCGAGGUUGGUGAUAUUUCCAGAGCCCACAGUCUGACCCUGCAGGAGGCCCUAAGAGAAGGAUUUAAUCUCCUGAUUGACAGCCAAAAGAUGACCCUUCAUGUGCCCAUCAAUGCCACCGGUGUCACUCAUUAUGUGCAAGGUAACAGUCAUCUCUACACGGCGGUUCUGAAGUUUUCAUUUGUGUCUCCUGGGCAGAAGAUCACCUUCUCAUCACAAGCUAUUUGUGCAGCGGAUCUGUCUGUGACGUGCAAUUCCACGCACAUGACUCUCACCAUACCAGAAUUUCCUGGGAAGCUGACUUCUGUGAGCGUUGAAAACAGGGACAUCCCCAUGAGCCAGCUGCAUGACAAUGGGAUCAACACAGAAACAACAAAUGGCUUGAGAUUACACUUCAGCAAAACUCUUCUCAAAACCAGAUUCUCUGAAAAGUGCCUACUCUAUCAGUUCUACUUAUCUUCACUCAAGCUGACCUUUUACUUUCAACUAGACACAGUAUUCAUGGUGACUGAUCCUGAGUGUCUUUGUGAGUCACCAGUUUCUAUAGUUACAGGAGAGCUAUGUACCCAAGAUGGCUUUAUGGACUUUGAGGUCUAUAGCCACCAAACAAAACCAGCUCUCAACUUGGGUACCCUCAGAGUGGGGAACUCCUCCUGCCAGCCCGUCAUCACAGCUCGGUCUGGGGAGCUGGUGAGGUUUCACGUACCCGUGAGUGAAUGUGGCACAAAGCAAAAGUUUGAAGGCGAUAAAGUCAUCUAUGAAAACGAAAUACAUGCUCUCUGGAAAGAUCUUCCUCCAAGCAAAAUAUUCAGAGAUAGUGAAUUCAGAAUGACGGUGAAAUGCUAUUACCAUAGGGAUGACACGCUACUGUAUGCCAACAUCCAAAGUCUUCCUCCUCCAGCGGCCUCUGUGAAGUCAGGUCCACUUGUGUUGACCCUGCAAACCUUCCCAGAUGAGUCCUACCAACAACCUUACGGAGACGAGGAGUACCCUGUAGUGAGAUACCUCCGCCAGCCGAUCUACAUGGAAGUCCGGGUCCUGAACAGGAACGAUCCCAACAUCAAACUGGUCUUGGACGACUGCUGGGCGACAUCCAGUAUGGACUCCGCGUCUCAGCCCCAGUGGAACAUUGUUGUGGAUGGCUGUGAAUACGACCUGGACAACUACCACACCACCUUCCAUCCAGCUGGCUCCUCCGUGGCCCAUCCAUAUCACUAUCAGAGGUUCGACGUGAAGACCUUCGCCUUUGUAUCAGGGGCUCAGGUGCUUUCUACCCUGGUGUACUUCCACUGCAGUGCUUUAGUCUGCAACCGGCUCUUUCUGGACUCCCCUCUGUGUUCCGUGACGUGCCCUGCCCCACCUAGGCACAGAAGAGCCACAGGGGCCACUGAAGAGGAGAAAAUUACAGUCAGCCUCCCAGGACCAAUUCUCCUGCUGUCAGAUGACUCUUCAUUUACAGAUGUUGUAGACUCCAGAGGGCGUGGGAUCACUGGAGAUGUUGCUUCAAAAGCAGUGGCUGCUGGGGCUGCCUUAGUGGGUGCGGUGAUAACUCUAGGAUUUGUUAUUUACCUGCGUAAGAAAAGAACAGUGAUAUUAAAUCGCUAAUUGAAGUUGCCAAUAAAGUUGAAGUGAACUCCUUGCCUUCUACCUUAAGAUUAGAUAGCACUGAAGGAUUGUUGCUUUUAGCGAUCAUUUUCUAAACUGAAUGCCUAGCCGCAAUCGUCUGGGUA